UGACACGGCAAACCGAAAAAAAUAUAUAAAUGAAGAUUUUGAAAUAGUCAAGUUAGAUACUCUUUUACUGGAUUUUAAACAAGAUGAAACCUUUAUAUCUAGUUUUCUUUUUCGUUUCAAUUUUUGGAAUCAAUUUUGCGUUUGGCAAAGAUUCAACAAUGUUUCAAAAGAGGCUGGUUGACGAAUUGAAACGUGAAAUGAAAGCCAUCGAAGAUGGGAUAAUCAAACUCGACCAUAUAAUUCAAAAUGCAAUCAACGAGAAUCCCGGAAAUACAGUUUUGAUAGAUAUCCAACAGGAUUUUAAUAAUCAUUUUCAUCCUGUGGUUGGCGAUUUGAAAGGAUUAUACGCAAAGUACUUGUCAUGUUGCCUAACUUUUGAUCAAAUUUAUUCAACAUAUUUAGAAAAAGUAAAUGACCCAAAACACAAAUCAAAAUCCAAAACAUUCCAACGUAUAAUCAAAGAAUGGCAAAACAAAGUUUUUGCCAAUUUUAUGAUUAAAUCUUACAUUAAAACGAUAAAAAAAAAGUUGGAUCAACUAUCAGAUGAAAAAAACGUUCUAUAUUCGUAUUUAAAUGAAGCCAUAGAGUACGGAACGUUCGAAAAAAAUAUGCAAGUUUGGAAGGCCACAACAUACGAAGCCGAUCAACUUGUUAUGAAUAUGUUGGUUUAUGUGCCACACCAAGAUUGCUCAGUAAUCGCUGGAGAGUUUACAAACAAGUUAAAUACUCUUGGUUUAUUUUAAGCAUUUGAUUUCAUGAAGUUUAAAUUAAAGAUCUUCCUGCGGGAUUUCAAGAAUACGAAAAGCGACAAAUAUUUAGUUAUCGUUUCCAAUUUUCUAUAUUGUAUACUUUUCUAUUCAAUGAUUUAAACAAAAUCAAAUGAAGUUUAGCAAAUGUAUUCUUGCUCUUACAUAUAUUUUUCUCAAUUAAUAAAUGAUAAAUUCAAAUUUAAA